AUGACAUCGGAGACGCGCGCGCAGCACACCCUCAACCGAGGUUCUUCCCUUCCACCGGGGGAUGUACUCGAGUACGGCGCGAUGGAGGGUCAGUCGUUAACCAGAAGUCGCCCCGUCAGUUUCUACGACAAUUUCAAGGAAGUUGGAGCGAUGCCGCCGUGCGUUUCGUCCGCGGUUAGCGCAGGUAAUUUGAAUCAAGUCAGGGACGACGGAUCAUCAUCCCUCAUGAUGCCGAGGAACAACAGAGUCAGCAGCGCGGUAAGCGCUGGAAACGUCGCCAGGAUUCAGAGCCCGAAGGUGAUCGGCGCCGUCUCCACCGGACACAUCGGUAAGAUCUUCCGGCUCGAGAAGGAGAGGGUCGAUCCGCAGCUGGGUCGUGCUCCGUCGAUGGCCAAUUGUCUCUCCACCACCGUUCCCGUUAAUCUGGCGACCUCGCAGAUCGCCGGACGUCACACACCCACGAGGAAUUCCCUCAGGCACAGCAGGAUGAUCGUUAUGAACAGGACGGGAAACGUACCGAGAAAAUCGCAUCCGCCGCUCCUGCGACAUCGCGUACUCGCCAGGACGCUCGCCGCUGUGCAGACUAUUUUCGGUCUAGCGGUGACCGCUUUGGCUCUGUGGUUGCUUCUUUGGGCACCGAAUCUCCCCGUAACGGACGUGCCCUACUGGAGCGGAAUUCCCCUGCUGCUGUCCGGCGGUUUUGGCACGUGUCUGUUGUGCUGUUUCAGCAGAGAGUACUCGUCGUCGGAUCGCGGUUUUUGCGCCGCGUCGACCAAGGUGCUCGGUAUUUUUCUAUCCGGUUUGGCGACUCUGGCAUCGAUAGUCGCCUGCGUUUCCGCAUCCAUGCAUUUGGCCCGUCUCGCCGGAUUGGAGUGCUCACCCGCCAGGGUACUCAACGCGACUUGCUCCUGCCGUCCGAAGGGAGAUUACCGUACCGAACCCAGAUCGCCCGUACUCAGAUACGUCGAUCUCAACUGUCCCGAGGUAGAGAGCAUACUCGCGAUACUUUUGAUAUUUUCAGCGACCUGCAACGCCCUGGGAGCUAUAGUUUCCGGAUGGUAUUGCUACCUCCACUGUUGCGCGAGGGACGCGAUCGUCCGGGACACCAGGUCCAAGUACACUCCGGUAAGAACAAAUACGAUAAAUUCGACGAACGUGAAUAUCGCGAGGCCGAUUUAUAACCCGACUGUGAACGGGCGAUGACACCGACAUUCUUAGACUCGUUUCGGUUUCGGGGAUUUUUUGAGAUCGACGAAAAUUACGGUAUCCCGAGGGAUACCGCUCCCGAUUUUACGAAUGUACGUACAGUACAUUCAUCGAAACGAGUUACUUGUCAGCCGCGGGAUUUACGUAACAAGAUUCGAUCGAGAGCGUUAUUGAACGGAACGGACCAAAUAAAAAUUAAUUACUUUUUAAGGUAAUCGCAGUUAUAUAUAUAUAUUUAUGACCAUAUGAUAGGCGAAUUAAGAUUCACGGUUGUGUAAUUAUUGGUAGUGCUCAAGAAUCUCGAGUUUAAAUAAUCGUUCGACCUUUUAAGAAUGCUCAUUAGAUCGUAGGAUUGGUCGAGAAGAGAAAAAGAAACAAAUGAUUACCCAAUAAUUUUGUAUUUGUAUACUUUUUUGGAAUUCGACAAGUUUUUCUCUCAAUUCAGGUUUCCUUCGUUUUUCAAAGAUCUUCGAACUUUCGCACGUAGAAUUUUUCGAUACGAUUAACAUCUAGUUAUUAAUCUUACGAUAAAUGAUUGUCAAAAGUGUUCAUUUAACGCACAGAAUAAAAAAAUGGCAGCUCAAUAUUAUUUAUAAAAAAAAAAAAAACAAUUUAUUAAAGAAUAAACAAUUUUUAAGUGUAAGCGAUUCGUAUAAACUAUAACUAUGUAUAGUAACGGUUUUUAUACCUAAUAUUAUUAUAGUAUACAAAUAAAUGGAUUAAUAUUUUACAUCGAUAUACAUUACAAUACGCAACAGUAAUUGUUCAUCACUUAUUCGUCGAAGGAUUAAUUUAUCGAUUGAUCGAUAAAUCAAUUUUCUACUAACUCUAACGACGUUUCAAUAAAAUUUUCAAAUACCUCGAAAAUAAUAUAAUCUGGCAACUUGCGAGUUUGAUUGAAAAAAAAAAAAAAAAAAAACAAUUCAUCAAUCGCUCGCCAAGGAACUCGGCAAUUUUCUAAUUCUUCUUCUAUUUCAUUUUUCUCUUCUCUUCUUUGGUAUCGGAACCGAUCAAAUACUUCCAUUGUACUAAAUAUACGUAUCUAAGUUGUACGUGAAAA